AUGACGUCCGUGGUGAUAUCAGCAUCCGUCAGCGACAGAAUCAAUGAAGCGCUGGCAACGCUAAAAACAGAAAUGGUGAAUUUGAGACAACAAGAUGUCCACUUGAUGAAGCAGUUGAUUGGUAUAAACGAUACUAUACAGAAACUAUCCAAACAGCGACCCGGUUCACAUAGUCCACAUAAGGAGAAAUUCACGAUACCAAACGGACGACGAACGUUCGUAAACAAGACUGAAUCCAUCCCUGAAGAGACCCCCCUUGUCCGCCAACAAAGUGUUCCUAACUACUGUACAAUGAACGGCAGCCUCAACGGAUCUCUCUCCAGCAUUGAAGAUGUCUGCAGUUCUCUGGAAGACCUAAGUGCAGCUGAAUCAGAUAGUGAUGACAAUUUGUUUGGUUCCGAUCAAAACCUUAGCGAGUCUUUCUCGUCCACCACCUCCAGGUCACGAUCAGUAGCGAACACUUCAAAGGAAUCUGACCUAGACUAUUGUUCUUACGAGCAAAUCCUGAGAAGAAACAUUAAGUUGUGGAAAUUCUCUCGGACGCAACAACAUUGA